AUUUAUUGUAUGGCUAGGAGAAAAACUGUCAAACGUGCCUAAAAAUCUCACAAGCAUUUAUUUUCAAGAAAUAAAAAGAUUACAAAGACUUAAAAAGAGUAAAAUAAAAUUCCAGGAUGGAACAAAAAUAUUUCAUUUACUUAAAACUUAACUAACUUGGGAAUGAAUAUAGGUUUUUAGAUUAAUUAAAAAAUAACUAAUGAAUUAAAAUAAAAGGAAUCAGCCCCUGAACAAUAAUACAUUGAAGCAGAAGAAAUAUCUAUAGAUUAAAUAAAAGAAUUGUAAAGAUAAGCAACAUAAAAAUUAUAACCAGAAGAAGUAGAAAAAAAGAAAAAUAAAGUCCGAAUGAAUAUUGAUGAUGAAUGGGCAAUAGAAGCACUAGUCAAAAAAUAUAAAUAGGAUUGGGAAUCUAUGAAAAGAGAUCAUAAAUUAAAUACAUUUUAAUGGACUGCAAUUUAAUGUUAAAAAAAAUAUAAUGAUUACAUUAAAAGAUACGGUAAAUGCCCUAAACCAUAAUAAUGA